AUGUCCCAGUUGUACUACCGGCGCUCGGACAGCUCGUCGUACCGCGACCGCAUCCCGCUGAGGAUCGUGCGGGCCGAGUCGGAGCUGUCCACGCUGGAGAAGGCUUACCUGGGCGCCGUGGAGAAGGGCGACUACGCCAGCGUCAAGCAGGCCUUGCAGGAGGCGGAGAUCUACUUCAAGAUCAACAUCAACUGCAUCGACCCGCUGGGCCGCACGGCGUUGCUCAUCGCCAUCGAGAACGAGAACCUGGAGAUCAUCGAGCUGCUGCUGAGCUUCGGCGUCUACGUGGGCGACGCCCUGCUGCACGCCAUCUGCAAAGAGGUGGUGGGCGCCGUCGAGCUUUUGCUCAACCACAAGAAGCCGAGCGGCGGCGUGCAGGUUCCGCCCAUCCUGCUGGACAAGCAGUUCUCGGACUUCACGCCGGACAUCACGCCCGUCAUCCUGGCGGCGCACACCAACAACUACGAGAUCAUCAAGCUUCUGGUGCAGAAAGGCGUGUCCAUGCCGCAGCCGCACGAGGUACGCUGCAACUGCGUGGAGUGUGUGUCGAGCUCGGACGUGGACAGCCUGCGACACUCGCGCUCGCGCCUCAACAUCUACAAGGCGCUGUCCAGUCCCUCGCUCAUCGCCCUCUCCAGCGAGGACCCCUUCCUCACCGCCUUCAGGCUCAGCUGGGAGCUGCAAGAACUCAGCAAGGUAGAAAACGAGUUCAAGUCCGAGUACGAGGAGUUGUCUCAGCAGUGUAAAGAGUUUGCCAAAGACCUUCUGGACCAGACCAGAAGCUCCAGAGAGCUCGAGAUGAUCCUCAACUACAGAGACGAUGUCAACCUACUGGAGGAGGAAGGCAACGGAGACCUGGCCAGACUCAAGUUGGCCAUCAAAUACCACCAAAAAGAGUUUGUGGCGCAGCCAAACUGCCAGCAGCUGCUGGCGUCGCGUUGGUACGACGAGUUCCCGGGUUGGAGGCGACGCCACUGGGCCGGCAAGUUCCUGACGUGCGUCUUCAUCGGGCUGCUGUACCCGGCGUUCGCCGUGUGCUACCUCACGGCCCCCAAGAGUCGCUACGGCCUGUUCAUUCGCAAGCCCUUCAUCAAGUUCAUCUGCCACACGGCGUCCUACCUGACCUUCCUGUUCUUGCUCCUGCUCGCCUCGCAGCACAUCGUCACCACCGAGCAAGACCGUCAGGGCCCGGCGCCCACCACUGUGGAGUGGAUGAUCCUGCCCUGGGUGCUGGGCUUCAUCUGGGCCGAGAUCAAACAAAUGUGGGACGGAGGUUUCCAGGACUACGUUCACGACUGGUGGAACCUCAUGGACUUUGUCAUGAACUCUCUUUACCUGGCCACCAUCUCCCUCAAGAUCGUAGCCUAUACCAAGUACAGCGGCAAUAAACCCAGGAACCAGUGGGAGAUGUGGCACCCGACGCUGGUCGCCGAGGCCGUUUUCGCCAUCGCCAACAUUUUCAGCUCCCUGCGUCUCAUCUCGCUCUUCACGGCCAACUCCCACCUGGGACCCCUGCAGAUCUCCCUGGGGCGGAUGCUGCUGGAUAUCCUCAAGUUUCUCUUCAUCUACUGCCUGGUCCUGCUGGCCUUUGCCAACGGCUUGAACCAGCUGUACUUCUACUACGAAACCAAAGCCUCGGACGAGAAGGGCAGAUGUAAGGGCAUCAGAUGCGUGGAGCAGAAUAACGCCUUCUCCACGCUGUUCGAGACCCUGCAGUCUCUAUUCUGGUCCAUCUUCGGCCUGAUCAGCUUGUACGUGACCAACGUGGACGCCGACCACCAGUUCACCGAGUUUGUGGGCGCCACCAUGUUUGGCACGUACAACAUCAUCUCCCUGGUAGUGCUGCUCAACAUGCUCAUUGCCAUGAUGAACAACUCCUACCAGCACAUCGCGGACCACGCCGACAUCGAGUGGAAGUUCGCCAGGACCAAGCUUUGGAUGAGCUACUUUGAGGAGGGGGCCACCCUGCCGCCGCCCUUCAACAUCGUCCCCAGUCCCAAGUCCUUCUGGUACCUGGUUUGCUGGGUCAAAAUGCGAGCGUGCCGUGGAAACGGCGCCACCCGGCACGACACCAUCGGCACGCUGGGGAGGCGGGCUGCAGAGAACCUGAGAAUAAACCAUCAGUACCAGGAGGUGCUGAGGAACCUGGUGAAGCGCUAUGUGGCCGCUAUGAUCCGAGACGCCAAGACGGAGGAGGGCCUGACCGAAGAUAACUUUAAGGAGCUGAAACAGGACAUCUCCAGCUUCCGUUACGAGGUGAUGGGCAUGAUGAAGACGGGCCGACCGGUACCGCAAGUGGGCCGAGACGGCGGGCCCAUCGCCGCCGGCCCCCUCGCCGCCAGCCCCGGCAGCUUGUCAGAGUCAGUCCCGGCUCACCCCGACGUCUCUCUGGAGAUAGCGGCCCGCGCGCCAGUCAAAAGCGAGCGUUUCAAAGCGGCCGCCUCCCUCCUCCGACGGGUGGCCUCCGCCGCCCGGAACCCAGGAGCCCUUAACGGGCUCCCUAACGGCGCCGCCCCCUCGCCGAGCGACACUCGGAGCUCCGUCGACGAUUGCGGCGACUUCGCUCUCUUCCGCAAACGGCAUCAACGCGGGGCCUGCCGCCGCCGGGGGGGAGACGUCCGUCGGGCCGGGCCAGCGGAACUCAGCCGGAAAAUGUACUCUCUAUCGGAGGAGGCGGAAGAGGAAGAACGGUGCGGAACCGUUCCGGACGUCGGCGGAGCUAGCUCGACGCGCCGGGAAGACGAGAGCGUAGCCUGA